AUGGGAUCUGCGGGAGCGGAGGGACAGCGGAGCGGCGGGGUGCAGACAAACGGAGCGGUGCGAUGGGAUCUGCGGGAGCGGAGGGGCAGCGGAGCAGUGGGGUGCGGACAAACGGAGCGGUGCGAUGGGAUCUGCGGGAGCGGAGAGGCAGCGGAGCGGCGGGGUGCAGACAAACGGAGCGGUGCGAUGGGAUCUGCGGGAGCGGAGGGGCAGCGGAGCGGCGGAGUGCGGACAAAGGGGCGGUGUGAUGGGAUCUGCGGGAGCGGAGGGGAGCGGAGCGGCGGGGUGCGGACAAACCGAGCGGUGGGAUGGGAUCUGCGGGAGCGGAGGGGCAGCGGAGCGGCGGGGUGCGGACAAACGGAGCGGUGCGAUGGGAUCUGCGGGAGCGGAGGGGCAGCGGAGCGGCGGGGUGCGGACAAACGGAGCGGUGGGAUGGGAUCUGCGGGAGCGGAGGGGCAGCGGAGGAGCGGGGUGCAGACAAACGGAGCGGUGCGAUGGGAUCUGCGGGAGCGGAGGGGCAGCGGAGCGGCGGGGUGCGGACAAACGGAGCGGUGCGAUGGGAUCUGCGGGAGCGGAGGGGCAGCGGAGCAGCGGGGUGCAGGCAAACGGAGCGGUGUGAUGGGAUCUGCGGGAGCGGAGGGGCAGCGGAGCGGCGGGGUGCGGACAAACGGAGCGGUGCGAUGGGAUCUGCGGGAGCGGAGGGGCAGCGGAGCGGCGGGGUGCGGACAAACGGAGCGGUGUGAUGGGAUCUGCGGGAGCGGAGGGGCAGCGGAGCAGCGGGGUGCGGACAAACGGAGCGGUGCGAUGGGAUCUGCGGGAGCGGAGAGGCAGCGGAGCGGCGGGGUGCGGACAAACGGAGCGGUGCGAUGGGAUCUGCGGGAGCGGAGAGGCAGCGGAGCGGCGGGGUGCGGACAAACGGAGCGGUGCGAUGGGAUCUGCGGGAGCGGAGGGGCAGCGGAGCGGCGGGGUGCGGACAAACGGGGCGGUGUGAUGGGAUCUGCGGGAGCGGAGGGGCAGCGGAGCAGCGGGGUGCGGACAAACGGGGCGGUGCGAUGGGAUCUGCGGGAGCGGAGAGGCAGCGGAGCGGCGGGGUGCGGACAAACGGAGCGGUGCGAUGGGAUCUGCGGGAGCGGAGAGGCAGCGGAGCGGCGGGGAAUACAUCCAACUAAAACUGGCAACCCUGACUCAAACUAA